CACUCAUACAGUUAAGCAGCACCAGCAAACACAGCAACAAACCCUUUCAUCUUCUCUCUCUUUUUUUCUAUUCUGAAACCAGAGAAGAAAAAAAACAUUUAAAACAUUAAAGAAAAAACCUUUCUUUUUUUUUAAUUUUUUUUUCCUCUUUUUCGUCUCCCAUUCCUUAUUAUUGUAACCAAUUGUUUGCUUUCCCGGAAAAUUUUCAAUUAUUUUCUCGAUUGCUUGAACUUUUUUUUCUUACUGCUGACCUGAGUUAAACCCUAAUGCUAUCUUGUUUCAUGAUCUUCUGAAUUUGUUUUCUUUAACUGCUGUGUACAAUUAGUCUUUCAAUUUCCUUUCUUUUUUCUUUAAUUUUACUGGGUUAUCGUUGUAACUCAGUAUUUUUUUAGUGUUCUUCGAGAUCUGAAUUUUUUUAAUUCUACCAGAGAAGCCAUGUGGAGGGAUUUUAAAAUUUCAAUCAUUAGAUUUUUCUGAACUCUUUAAGUCAAACAAACCCAUGUUCCCUUUUGUCAAAUUUUGGGUUUUUUAGCAUAAAGUUUUAAUAUUGGGUAUUUAAAAAUUGAGUUUUUUUUUUGUUUGAAUUGGGGUUCUUCAGAUGAAGAUUGAGAUAGACAUGGGGGGCGGUGGGUAUUGGAAUGAUGAAGAUAGGGGUAUGGUUGCAACUGUUUUGGGUACUAAAGCUUUUGAUUACUUAAUCUCAAACUCAAUCUCCAACGAAAAUCUGUUAAUGGCUAUAAGUAGUGAUGAGAAUUUGCAAAACAAGCUCUCGGAUCUAGUAGACCGCCCGAAUGCUUCGAAUUUCAGUUGGAAUUAUGCGUUUUUUUGGCAAAUUUCUUACUCAAAGUCUGGUGAUUGGAUUCUAGGUUGGGGAGAUGGGUCGUGCCGAGAGCCUAAGCAAGGGGAGGAAUUUGAAGCAGCUAGAAUUCUUAGUCGACGAGUGGAAGAUGAGACUCAACAGAGGAUGCGAAAAAGAGUGCUGCAGAGGCUGCAUACGUUGUGUGGUGAAUCGGAUGAAGAUAACUAUGCUUUAGGAUUGGAUAGGGUUACUGAUACUGAGAUGUUCUUUUUAGCUUCUAUGUAUUUUUCGUUUCCUCGCGGAGAAGGCGGUCCGGGUAAAUGUUUUGGUUCUGGGAAGCAUGUUUGGAUCCCUGAUGCUAUGAAAUCGGGUUCUGAUUACUGUGUAAGGUCGUUUCUGGCGAAGUCUGCUGGAAUUAGGACUAUUGUGUUGGUGCCUACUGAUGUCGGUGUUGUUGAAAUAGGGUCUGUUAGAUCCAUUCCUGAGAGUUUUGAGAUGGUUCAGUCGAUAAGGUCAAUCUUUUCGACUCAUAAUGCGUCUAUUAGGGCUAAAUCAUUGGUGUCACCACCUCCACCAGCAGCAGCACCACCACUGUCAGGUUUGCCAGUGGUCAAUGAGAAGAAAGAUGAGAAUUCACUUUUUUCAAAUGUGGGAAUUGUAGAAAGAGUAGAAGGAAUCCCGAAAAUUUUCGGGCAGGACUUUAACAAUUCAACACACGGCCAUGGCCAUGGGCAUGGACUUGGUUUUAGGGAGAAAUUAGCAGUAAGGAAGAUGGAAGAAAGGCCUUCAUGGGAUGCUUAUCAAAAUGGAAACAGACUUGGAUUUCCUUCAACUCGAAAUGGUCUUCAUAGUUCGAGUUGGGCGCAUAGUAUUAGUCUGAAUCAAGGGAAUGGGACAGAUGUUUAUGGUUCACAUACCACACCACAUACUCGGCAAGAACAUGUUAAUGGGGUUAGAGAAGAUCAAAGGGUGAAGCAUUACCAACCACAAAAGCAGGUUCAAAUGCAAAUUGAUUUUUCAUCGGCUACUUCAGGACCUUCCGUGAUUGGUCGGUCAGUUACUGUGGAAUCUGAACACUCAGAUGUUGAAGCUUCAUGUAGAGAAGAGCACGCUGGAAACAUCGAUGAUAGGAGGCCUCGUAAAAGAGGCAGGAAGCCCGCAAAUGGAAGAGAAGAGCCCCUCAAUCACGUCGAGGCAGAAAGACAAAGGCGAGAGAAGCUAAAUCAGCGAUUUUACGCUUUGCGAGCAGUUGUGCCCAACAUCUCCAAGAUGGAUAAAGCUUCCUUGUUGGGGGAUGCAAUCGCGUACAUCAACGAGCUACAAGCCAAGCUCAAGACAAUGGAAGCAGACCGCGAAAAAAUCGGCAGCAGUUCAAGAGACGCAUCAGCUUUAGAGGUGAACUCUAACAUAAAAAGCCAAAGCCAAGCUCCCGAAGUCGAUAUUCAAGCAUCAAACGACGAGGUGAUCGUAAGAGUAAGUUGCCCGUUGGAUUCGCAUCCAGCUUCACGAGUGAUCCAAGCUUUCAAAGAUGCACAGAUCACCGUAGUAGACUCGAAACUUACCGCAGCAAAUAACAAUGUGUAUCAUACAUUCGUGAUAAAGUCGCACGGAUCAGAAGAAUUGACAAAGGAAAAGCUGAUGGUAUUAUUAUCUCAAGAACCUUAAGGUGAGCAGUUUAACAUUUUAUUAGUUGAUAGAUUAUUAGAAAAGCUAGCUUCUUCAGAGUUUUGAUAUAGGGGAAGAGGCAUGAACUAGAAGUAGAAACAGUAACUAUAGACUAAGUAGUAGGGAAGCAAUGUUUAUAGUAUACAUAUUCUGUGAUUCAUUAUGAAUUAUAUUUGUUAAGUUUUAACAACUUUGCCAUUUUUGGGCAUUCAGAACUCAUAGAUUUGUUCCCAUAUUUAUCAAAAUUAGUAAAUUUUUUGUUAGUUGCUGAA